AAAAAGGAGGCAGGAAUGAAAGAGGCACGUCACCUACGGGUCUCUAUGUAGCAGCUCAGUGCCGCAAGGAAAAAAUGUAACUACGCGUCAGCCAGACACCGGGGGAUAACCAGACGUGACAUUUUAUCCAAAUCCACCAAACUAUAACAAUCACAUUGUGUGCAUUUUGACGAAAGCUUUCAUUUGGAUCAUUUUAGUGACAUUAGGCAAGCAAACUUUUUUGUUCUAGUCCAUCGUUUUUCUUGAAUAAUCACAACCUGAUCUCGGGAUUGGAACAACAAGGAUUUUGCAAUGGACCAGAAUCUGUUUGGUGGGGCUCCCAGAUUCAUCACAAGGCCCAAGGCAUUUUCAUUAUGCGUGGGCAGGGAUGCCUCUCUGAGUUGUACCAUUAUUGGCAGUCCUGUGCCCAUUGUCACUUGGGAAAAGGACAAACUGCAACUUUUAGCUGGUGAACGCUUCAAAACAGUGGAGGAUGGUGAUGUCUACCGUUUAACCAUCUAUGACCUAACAUUGGAAGAUAGUGGCCAAUACAUGUGCCGUGCUAAAAACAAAGUUGGGGAAGCCUAUGCUGCUGUGACUGUAAAGGUGGGGAUGCCAGAGCAGCUGGUGGAUCGAGCCCCAGUGUUUAUGGUCAAGCCGGCAUCCACUCGCAUUGGCCUGGGAGAUAAUGUCAUCUUCCAUUGUAGAGUGGCAGCUCACCCAGAUCCUAACUUUGAGUGGGAGAAAGAUGGGCGUUACAUUGGCGAGACGAACCGCAUCAAAAUUACCUCUGAUAGGGAAACCAGCUGUUUGCAAAUUCAAAGUGCACGCAACCUUGACAGUGGCACCUACACAUGCCGUGCUCAAAACACAGCUGGCAGAUCCCAUGCAGGUGCCACUCUGGUCGUGGAAGUCCAGGAUGCCUAUCAAACGGUAGACAAAAGCACAUCCCUUUUGUCACAUCUCCAGAAACGAAAGGAGGAGAUGAGAAAGGACAUAUCUUUCUAUAGAACCACAGAAAGUACAUCCUCCUUCUGCUCUUCAUCCACUCCCAAGAUCACUGAUGAUAUUAGUACCUUCUCCCUAGGAAUGGACAAUACUCAGCAGGUGGCUGCCAUAUCUCACAGGAUCCCAAAAGGAGUUUUUACCCGCACAUGCAUGGUGACUGAAGGGAAGCAUGCCAAGCUCAGCUGUUUUGUCACCGGCCAUCCCAAACCCCAUAUUGUUUGGAGGAAGGAUGGCACAAACAUCACUGAAAGUAGACGUCAUGUUAUGUACGAGGAUCAAGCGGAAAACUUUAUUCUCAAGAUUUUGUACUGCAAGCAGUGUGACAAUGGGCUGUAUACCUGCAAUGCAUCCAAUAUGGCUGGACAGACAUACAGUGCUGUGUUAGUGAUCGUUAAAGAACCCAAAAUCCCAUUUAAGAGGAAGUUGCAGGAUGUGCAGGUUCAAGAAAAGGCCUCGGCCUUGCUCUCUUGUGAAGUGCCUGUACCAGCCACUCAAGCCAGCUGGUUUAUGGAAGAGACAAGGUUGGAAGACAGCUCCAAGUACUAUAUGGAGGAGAAGGGCACACUACGGUACCUCACCAUCCACAAUGUUACAACAAAUGAUGAUGCAGUCUACAUCUGCGAGAUGUCAGAGGGAAGCCGUACUGUUGCUGAGCUGACUGUCCUGGGUAAUAUUACCAAGAAGCUUCCACGGAGGACUGUUGUUCCUGUUAGUGACACAGUCAUAUUCUGUGUAGAGCUUGAAAAGCCCUGUGAAGCCUCUUACUGGACAAGAAACGGUGUAAAGCUGCUUGAAGAUGCACGCAUCAGCAUCGCCCACAGCACAAGACAGUACACAUUAACAAUACAUGACUGCACUGCGGAGGACUCCGGAGAAGUAGCCUUUGUUGCUGGGGAUUGUAAGACUUCAACACAUUUCACUGUUACUGCACCAAGAAGGCACCCACCAGAUCCCCCGGUUGACCCUGUGGUACGGAACAAGACUGAUUCAUCCAUCACUCUGUGCUGGUCCCCUCCAGAAAGUGAUCGUCCAGUGCCUAUCAAAGGAUACCUGAUUGAAAGAAGAAAAGUUGGGGGGACUCAGACUUGGGUGAAGUGUAAUGCUAUGAGCCCAGUGCCCCACUCCCACUACACGGUCAACACUGUAGAGGAGGGAAGCUUUCAGUUCCGCAUUUCUGCUGUAAACGACUAUGGUCAAAGUUCUUGCCUUGAGGUCCCUGGAACAUUCCUUCUCGAACCAGCAGCAGACAUAGUAAAAGGCCUAUCGCCUCAGGCCAGUGGCACGUCUGGCGGGGAGGUCACUCUUACGGUUGAGCUUUCUGCGGUGUGCUCGGGCUCUUGGAAACUAAAUGAGACUCUUCUUCGCAGCGGCUCAGACUACUUAAUCACUCGUUCUAAGACCAUUCACACACUUCUCAUCCGUAAUGCUACUCUUGAGCUGAAUGGGGCUGAAGUGAAGUUCCUUGGUGGUGGCUCACAGAGUGUCUGCACACUUUACAUAACAGCUCCACGAGGCCACUUGGUGAAGACGUCUGCUGAUACAGAGGUACUCAGCUUCGUGGAACGUACAUCAGCAAAGCUUAAGACUGAAGUGUCAGAUCCAAAUGUCCAGGUAAUCUGGAUGAAGGAUGGGAAAGAAAUAAGGACAGGAACAAAGUACGAGUGCGUCAGCACAGAGAAGAUGCGCCUUCUUGUCAUUCACAAAAUGACAUAUGAAGACACUGGCAUAUAUGAGUGUGUCUGUGAUGGAGACAGAAUCUUUAUCCAAGUUGUUCUUAAAGGGAAAUUUGUAAACAAGUCAAAGGGAGAGACAUCUGUCAUGCGUCUCAGUGGCGAUGUGGAGCUCAGCAGUGAGGUGUCCUCUGAUGACACAGAGGUUGUUUGGAAGAAAGAUCAGAACGAAUUGAAGGAGAACGAGAGGACCUCAAUGUUAUCCCAAGGGACAAAGCGUAAACUGAUAAUCAAGAGUGCCAAACAGAGUGAUGAGGGACAUUAUUCUUGUGAAACAGCAGAGGACAGAGUUUUAUUCAACGUCAAAAUUAAAGAAAGCCAAGAGGAUGGUUUUGCCAAUUUGGAGUCUGUUGAAAAGAACAUUAAAGCUACUGUUUCCCAGAAAGCCACCAUAAGCUGUGAACUGACCAACUCAAAGACAGAAGUGAAAUGGUACAAGGAUGGGACUCUCUUGAGAUCCAGUCAAACAGUCCACAUGGAAACGAAGGGAAAGACUCGUCAGUUGGUCCUGGACAGUGUGGAGAUGAAGGAUGCUGGAGAGUACACCUGUGAGGCUGGGAAAGAGAAACUGGUCUUCAAGGUUUGCGUGGCAGACAACCAAGAAGGACAUUUUGCAAACAAGGAGUCAAUCCAAAAGGAUGUCAAAGCCACCAUAUCUCAGAGGGCUACUCUGAAAUGUGAAGUAGCUAACUCAAAGACAGAAGUGAAAUGGUACAAGGAUGGGACUGUCUUGAGAUCCAAUAAAACAGUCCACAUGGAAAUGAAGGGAAAUACUCGUCAGUUGGUCCUGGACAGUGUGGAGAUGAAGGAUGCAGGAGAGUACACCUGUGAGGCUGGGAAAGAGAAACUGGUCUUCAAGGUUUGCGUUGCAGAAAGCCAAGAGGAUGGUUUUGCCAAUUUGGAGUCAGUUAAAAAGGACAUCAAAGCUACUAUUUCCCAGAAAGCCACCAUAAGCUGUGAACUGACCAACAUAAAGACAGAAGUGAAAUGGUACAAGGAUGGCACUCUCUUGAGAUCCAGUAAAACAGUCCACUUGGAAACGAAGGGAAAGACUCGUCAGUUGGUCCUGGACAGUGUGGAGAUGAAGGAUGCUGGAGAGUACACCUGUGAGGCUGGGAAAGAGAAACUGGUCUUCAAGGUUUGCGUGGCAGAAAGCCAAGAGGAUGGUUUUGCCAAUUUGGAGUCUGUUGAAAAGGACAUUAAAGCUACUGUUUCCCAGAAAGCCACCAUAAGCUGUGAACUGACCAACUCAAAGACAGAAGUGAAAUGGUACAAGGAUGGCACUCUCUUGAGAUCCAGUAAAACAGUCCACAUGGAAACGAAGGGAAAGACUCGUCAGUUGGUCCUGGACAGUGUGGAGAUGAAGGAUGCUGGAGAGUACACCUGUGAAGCUGGGAAAGAGAAACUGGUCUUCAAAGUUUGCGUGGCAGAAACCCAAAAGGAUGGUUUUGCAAAAACUGAAUCUGUCCAAAAGAAGUUUGAAGCUACAACCUCUCAGAAAAUUACUCUGAAUUGUGAGGUGGCUAACUCAAAGACAGAAGUGAAAUGGUACAAGGAUGGGACUCUCUUGAGAUCCAGUAAAACAGUCCACAUGGAAAUGAAGGGAAAGACUCGUCAGUUGGUCCUGGACAGUGUGGAGAUGAAGGAUGCUGGAGAGUACACCUGUGAGGCUGGGAAAGAGAAACUGGCCUUCAAGGUUUGCGUUGCAGAAAGCCAAGAGGAUGGUUUUGCCAAUUUGGAGUCAGUUAAAAAGGACAUCAAAGCUACUAUUUCCCAGAAAGCCACCUUAAGCUGUGAACUGACCAACUCAAAGACGGAAGUGAAAUGGUACAAGGAUGGCACUCUCUUGAGAUCCAGUAAAACAGUCCACAUGGAAACGAAGGGAAAUACUCGUCAGUUGGUCCUGGACAGUGUGGAGAUGAAGGAUGCUGGAGAGUACACCUGUGAGGCUGGGAAAGAGAAACUGGUCUUCAAGGUCUGCGUUGCAGAAAGCCAAGAGGAUGGUUUUGCAAAAACUGAAUCUGUCCAAAAGAAGUUUGAAGCUACAACUUCUCAGAAAAUUACUUUGAAUUGUGAGGUGGCUAACUCAAAGACAGAAGUGAAAUGGUAUAAGGAUGGGACUCUCUUGAGAUCCAGUAAAACAGUCCACAUGGAAACGAAGGGAAAGACUCGUCAGUUGGUCCUGGACAGUGUGGAGAUGAAGGAUGCUGGAGAGUACACCUGUGAGGCUGGGAAAGAGAAACUGGUCUUCAAGGUUUGCGUGGCAGAAAGCCAAGAGGGUGGUUUUGCUAAUUUGGAAUCUGUUAAAAAGGACGUUAAAGCUACGAUUUCCCAGACAGCCACCCUAAGCUGUGAACUGACCAACACAAAGACAGAAGUGAAAUGGUACAAGGAUGGGACUCUCUUGACAUCCAGUAAAACAGUCCACAUUGAAACGAAGGGAAAGACUCGUCAGUUGGUCCUGGACAGUGUGGAGAUGAAAGAUGCUGGAGAGUACACCUGUGUGGCUGGUAAAGAGAAAUUGCUCUUCAAGGUUUGCGUGGCAGAAAGCCAAGAGGGUGGUUUUGCAAAUUUGGAGUCUGUUAAAAAGGACGUUAAAGCUACGAUUUCCCAGACAGCCACCCUAAGCUGUGAACUGACCAACACAAAGACAGAAGUGAAAUGGUACAAGGAUGGGACUCUCUUGACAUCCAGUAAAACAGUCCACAUGGAAACGAAGGGAAAGACUCGUCAGUUGGUCCUGGACAGUGUGGAGAUGAAGGAUGCUGGAGAGUACACCUGUGUGGCUGGCAAAGAGAAACUGGUCUUCAAAGUUUGCGUGGCAGAAAGCCAAGAGGGUGGUUUUGCAAAUUUGGAGUCUGUUAAAAAGGACGUUAAAGCUACGAUUUCCCAGACAGCCACCCUAAGCUGUGAACUGACCAACACAAAGACAGAAGUGAAAUGGUACAAGGAUGGGACUCUCUUGACAUCCAGUAAAACAGUCCACAUGGAAACGAAGGGAAAGACUCGUCAGUUGGUCCUGGACAGUGUGGAGAUGAAGGAUGCUGGAGAGUACACCUGUGUGGCUGGCAAAGAGAAACUGGUCUUCAAAGUUUGCGUGGCAGAAAGCCAAGAAGGUGGUUUUGCAAACUUGGAGUCUGUUAAAAAGGACGUUAAAGCUACGAUUUCCCAGACAGCCACCCUAAGCUGUGAACUGACCAACACAAAGACAGAAGUGAAAUGGUACAAGGAUGGGACUCUCUUGACAUCCAGUAAAACAGUCCACAUGGAAACGAAGGGAAAGACUCGUCAGUUGGUCCUGGACAGUGUGGAGAUGAAGGAUGCUGGAGAGUACACCUGUGUGGCUGGUAAAGAGAAACUGGUCUUCAAAGUUUGCGUGGCAGAAAGCCAAGAGGGUGGUUUUGCAAACUUGGAGUCUGUUAAAAAGGACGUUAAAGCUACGAUUUCCCAGACAGCCACCCUAAGCUGUGAACUGACCAACACAAAGACAGAAGUGAAAUGGUACAAGGAUGGGACUCUCUUGACAUCCAGUAAAACAGUCCACAUGGAAACGAAGGGAAAGACUCGUCAGUUGGUCCUGGACAGUGUGGAGAUGAAGGAUGCUGGAGAGUACACCUGUGUGGCUGGUAAAGAGAAACUGGUCUUCAAAGUUUGCGUGGCAGAAAGCCAAGAGGGUGGUUUUGCAAAUUUGGAGUCUGUUAAAAAGGACGUUAAAGCUACGAUUUCCCAGACAGCCACCCUAAGCUGUGAACUGACCAACACAAAGACAGAAGUGAAAUGGUACAAGGAUGGGACUCUCUUGACAUCCAGUAAAACAGUCCACAUGGAAACGAAGGGAAAGACUCGUCAGUUGGUCCUGGACAGUGUGGAGAUGAAAGAUGCUGGAGAGUACACCUGUGAGGCUGGCAAAGAGAAACUGGUCUUCAAAGUUUGCGUGGCAGAAAGCCAAGAGGGUGGUUUUGCAAAUUUGGAGUCUGUUAAAAAGGACGUUAAAGCUACGAUUUCCCAGACAGCCACCCUAAGCUGUGAACUGACCAACACAAAGACAGAAGUGAAAUGGUACAAGGAUGGGACUCUCUUGACAUCCAGUAAAACAGUCCACAUGGAAACGAAGGGAAAGACUCGUCAGUUGGUCCUGGACAGUGUGGAGAUGAAAGAUGCUGGAGAGUACACCUGUGAGGCUGGCAAAGAGAAACUGGUCUUCAAAGUUUGCGUGGCAGGGGAGCCCAUGAAGUUCUCUGUGCCUUUGGAGUCGACAGCUGUAGUGCUGGAGGACACACUUACUCUUGUGUGCCAGCUCAACAGACCAAAAGGCAAAGUAAUUUGGCGACAUAACGGGACAGAGCUCAAAAAUGGUGGAAGGUAUAGCAUCAGUGCUGAUGGUGUCAAACAGACUCUGACAGUGACCGGAAUUUCCAAAGAGGAUGAGGGGGAAUAUAGCUGUGAGAGUAAUGAUGACAAGACUGUGGCUAGUGUCACAACUAAAGCCCCUCGAGUGGUGAGAUUUACCUCCAAACUGAAUGACAUCGUUGCAGUUGAAAAUACGGAAGCCAUUUUUAAAUGUUCUGUUACCCCUGCUGAUGUCACAGUUAGAUGGUUCAGUAACAACAUUCCUCUCAACUCAGGACCAAAAUAUAAGAUUGCACAUGGAGGGAACAGCCAUUCACUCACAGUAACUAGUGUUUGUCCAGAGGAUGUUGGUGAAAUUUCUAUUGAUGUUGAAGGAAAAGUCUCAAAAGCAAUGCUUCAAGUGCAGUUGGUUCCUGUUACUUUUAAAAAAAAACUCCAAGACCUUAAAGUUGAAGAGGAAAGUGAAGUUCGUCUUGAUGUAGAAUUGAGUAAGCAAUCUAAUGAAGUGAAAUGGAUGAAGAAUGGUGUUAUUAUUCAGUCUGGAGGGAAUAUCAACAUUCUUGUGGAUGGUGCUCAGCAAACCCUUUUGUUAAAGAAUGUGACCCACAGUGAUGGUGGACAGUACUCUUGUGAGACAUUGGAUGACAAGACCCAGGCCAAGCUCACGGUGGAAAAGAGACAGAUUCUGGUUGUAAAAGGAUUGGCGAAAGAAACAAGAGUCACUGAAAAGGAAGCUGUUACAUUUAUGGUGGAAUUGAACCAAGGUGGAGUGGAAGGAACUUGGAUGAAAGAUGGAAAAAAGCUAAAUGCUGGACCUAACUGUGUGAUGACGAAAGAAGGCAAUAUGCAUUCGCUAACUUUGUCCCACUUGAUGAUGGAAGAUUCUGGGAUGAUUGUGUUCCAAGCAGACAAUGUUCACGUUUCUGGCAAGCUUGUCAUUACAGAGACCUUAGCUAAAAUUUCCCAACCACUUAAAGACAUUAUAUGUCCAGAAAAGGAGAACGUAACUUUUGAAUGUGAGGUGUCCAGAGCUAAUGCUGAUGUAAAAUGGUUUAAGAAUGAAAGGGAGCUAAAAGCAGGGAAGAAUAUUGCCAUUAAUUCCCACGGUUGCAAACGCAAACUUCUCAUCAAAAAAUGCAGUUAUGAAGAUCAAGGGGAAUACAUAUGUCGCACAGCUGAUGACAACACUGCGGCUUCACUGACUGUGCAUGCUCGAGAUAUCAAAAUAGUAAAACCUCUCCAGGAUAUAGAAGUAAUGGAGAAGGAGAGCACCGAAUUCGCCUGUGAGGUCUCUCAUGAUGAAGUAGAAGGACAAUGGUUUAUGAAUGGUACCUUAGUUAAAGUGGGAGGCAACAUAAAGAUCAGACAAGAAGGAAAGACUUUUCUUCUUCUUUUAAAAUCUGUGGCAAUAGAAGAUGCCUCAGAAAUUAAAUUUUCAGCAGAGAAAGCUUCAUCAAGUGCCAUGCUGUCGGUAAAAGAGCUACCUGUCAAAUUUGUGAAGAAACUGAGAGACAAAAUUGCCAUUUAUAAGCACCGUGGUCAUCUAGAAUGUCAAGUUUCACGUGCCAGUGCAAAAGUCACAUGGUACAAGAAAAAGGAAGAGCUGAAGUCUAACAAGAAAUAUGAGAUCUCCAGUGAUGGUGUUUAUCGGAAACUCACCAUCAACGAUGUAGAGUCGGGUGACGAAGACACCUACAUAUGUGAUGCCAUUGAUGACAAGACGUCCUGUCAGUUACUGGUUGAGGAGCAAGCCAUCAGUAUUGUGAAAGAGCUCUGUCCAAUCGAGGUUACAGAGCCAUUUGCUGCUGUCUUUGAAGUGGAAAUCAGUAUUGAAUCAGUCAAGCCCCCAAAAUGGAUGCUCAGUGGAGUAGUGCUUCAAGAGAGCACAGAUGUUGAAAUAGAAAUGGAAGGCACCAUGCAUCGUCUCACCCUGAAGAAAACCAAGUCUUCAAUGUCCGGUCCUGUCCUGUUCACUGUUGGGAAGAGCAAAUCUAUGGCUCAGCUAAUAGUUAAAGAGCGUCCCAUAGAGGUGGUGGAACCUAUAAAAGACGUAACGGCUGAAGAAAAGAGCUCCACCACCCUGAGCUGCAAAUUCUCUGCUCCACCCAGUGAGGUUAGCUGGUACAAAGAUGAAACUCUCCUGGUGAUUUCAGAGAAAUAUACAAUGAAGCAAGAUGGUACCCAGGUCCUACUUAUCAUCAGUAAUUUGACAUGCAAGGACUCAGGGGUAUUCUGUUGCCAAAGUGGAGCAUCAAAGAGUAAAGCUACUCUCACAGUUGAAGCUCGACACAUCAAGUUGAUAAAACCCUUGGAGGAUGCAGAGGUGGAGGAAGAUGGAGAUGCCGUUUUUAGCUGUGAGGUUAAUUACGCAGAUGAGGAAGCGCAAUGGCUUUUGAAUGACAAACCAUUGUUUACAAAUGAACUUAACAGCAUUCAACACUUGGGACCAGUCCAUACUCUCACACUGAGGAAUCUUCCACCUGAGGAUAGUGGAAUGAUAACCAUUAUAAUUGGAGACAAGAAAGAAUCUGCCUCCUUGAGGGUGAAAGAGAAAAAAGCAGUGUUUCUGAAGUCAAUGGAUGAUGUGGUUGGGGAAAUAAAUGGAAAUGUCACAUUGAAAUGUGAGGCCUCAAAACCCAGGGUAUGCCCUGUUUGGAGGAAAGAUGGCAAUGUCCUUGUUGCGAGCUCCAAAUAUGAACUUCUGCAGACUGGAAAACUCUUAAGUCUUAUCAUUCAUGAGACCAACCACGAGGAUUCUGGGGAAUAUAGCUGCGAUCUUGGCACUGACCUUGCAAAAUCCAAAGUCACUAUAAGAGACAUCAGCAUUGGUAUCACUAAGCGUCUGAAGCCAGUUGAAGCUAAAGCUGGGGAGACAUGCACCUUUGAAUGCAUUCUGUCACGUGAGACCACAGACACAUAUUCCUGGCAAGUCAGCAGCAAGACUGUCAGUUCUGGCGGACGCUUUCAUACCAGCAAACAGGGACGAAAGUACACGUUGACUAUCAAAAAUGUAACAGGAAGUGAUACUGGUGAAGUCAUUUUCACUGUCAAAGACCUUGUUUCAAAAACCACUCUCUGUGUUGAAGGUACUGCAUUGAUUAUAUCUAAGGAGCUUCAGAAUGUCUCUGUGGUGGCUGGACAAGACGCUGUGUUUACUUGUGAAAUAUCUGAAGCUAACCAAAUAGUAAAAUGCUCCAAGGCUGGGGAGGCUAUUCAAAAGAGUGAAAAGUAUGACAUUACCCAAGAAGGAAAAAUUACAAUGCUUACUGUUCAUAAAGUCAUGAGCAUGGAUUCGGGGACAUAUUGUUGUGAAAUCCUGAAUGGUCCCUCAACAGAAGCUUCCCUCAAUGUUCAAGAACCUAUGGUGGUGUUUACAAAAGGAUUAGAAAAUCAAGACACGGUCGAGGGGAAGGAAGUCAGUAUGUGUUGCCAGACAUCUUGUGAAGAUGCCAAAGUCACCUGGAGACAAAAUUCACUGCUGUUGGAGGAGGGUAUUAAAUAUUCCAUGCGAAAGGAAGGUGCAACUCAUACACUGGUUCUGCAUAAUGUGAAGGUGGAGGACAGUGGUGAAUACAUCUGUGACACAGGACAUGAACAAAGCAAAGCUACGUUGAUAGUCAGAGAAAUAUUUUGCACAUUCAAUCCUCAUUCAUAUCCAGAUUCUGUGCUUAUCAUACGGGGCAUAAAAGAUGUUACUAUUACUGUGGGCGAGGAUGCCUGUUUCUGUUGUGAAUUGUCCAAAGAAUGUGUGACUCAUGCUGAGUGGUGGUUGGGCUCUAACUAUCUGCAAAGCAAUGACCUAAAUCAGAUAAGCUGCCAGGGCAGAGAGCACCACCUAGUACUAAGAAUGGUCACACCCGAUGAAUCAGGUGAAGUGGCUUUUGUGAUUGGUGAAGAAAAAAGCGUGGCUAAUCUUCUAGUUCAAGACAAACCCAAAGAUACUCCAGCCCAUUUUCUGAAAGAGCUGAAGAAUCAGGAAGCAAUAGAAGGUGACAGCGUAUCAUUACAGUGUGAACUGUCAAAGGCAGCUGUUAAAGUGGAGUGGCGAAAAGGAGGAGUCGUACUGCAGAAUGGGAAGAAAUACAGUAUUAGUCAACAUGGCCAUAUUCAGGAACUACUCAUACAUGAUCUGGAUCUAGAAGACUGUGGUUAUUAUACAUGUGAUGCGGGAGCCCAUCUGACUACUGCUUCUGUUGCAGUACAAGCAGGUGAAGUCCAGAUAGUUUCAGGCUUGCACAACACUGAUGCCUUUGUGGGUGAGUUGACGGUGUUGUCCUGCCAGCUAUCUGGUCAUGCACCUGGCAAAGUUCAGUGGUGGCUGGAUGGCACGCUACUGGAACAUGGUCACUUCUGUGAGUUGGGAGUACAACAAGAUCAUACCCACACUGUCAGCUUUAAGAAUCUUGCCCCUGAUGACUCGGGAACUGUGACUUUCAAAGCAGGCAGACUGGUUUCUUCAGCGAAACUCUUGGUCAAAGAUCCGUCUGUAGAUGUGGUCAGCUCCAUGGAGGACCUACAAGUGCAAGAAGGCGAGCCUGCAGAGUUCUUCUGCCAAUAUUCUCGACCAGUCACAGCUCUCUGGAAAAGAGAUGGCCAGUCACUACAGGUUGAUGGUUACAGAGUGAUAGUGGAUCAGGACUGGAAUGUGGCUCACUUGUACAUUAGAUCUGUUAUCCCAGAAGACAUGGGAAUCUAUUCCUGUGAGGCAGAAGGUACCUGUGUGAAGGCCCACCUACAUGUGAAAGCUAAACCCAUUGACAUCAUACAAGGACUUGAGAACGUGGACGCAAUGGAAGGUGGGGAGGCUCUAUUUGAGUGUUCCCUGUCCCGCCCUGAACCCAAAGAUAUCUGUUGGCUGCUUAAUGGUAAACCCGUGUCUGAUUCAUCCUGUGUGGAGAUUGUUUCCUUUGAAAGCGGCCGUCGUCACCUCUUACUUCUGAAGGAGCUCCGUGCUGGUGAGAGCACUGUGACCUUUCAAGCCGGUCCUGCCUCCACCACUGCCAUGCUGUCUGUCAAAGGUUGGCAGCUGAAAAUAAUGACGGCUCUUGAAGACAAAGAAGUAGUAGUUGGUGAACAUGUGGAAUUUACAUGUAUAUUGAAUGAGGUGGUAGCAAAAAGUGAAGUUACAUGGUAUGUUAAUGGAGCAGAGGUCCAUGCAGAUGAUGACAAUGUCGUGAGUUCAGAUGGCUGUACUCACAAGCUCAUCCUGAAGAAAGUUAAAAGGCAAACAAAUCAAGAAGUCACAUUUGCUGCACAAGAUGCCAUAUCUAUGGCUAAACUCAGUGCUAUUGGCCCUCCUGAUCCUCCUGAGGAUCCCGAGUUAGUGAGUAAAACCAAAGACUCGGUUAUCCUGUCUUGGUUCACACCACUUAACGAUGGUGGCAGCUCUAUCCUUGGAUACAGAGUGGAGAUGCGCCAGGUAGACAGUGCCCUGUGGUCGCCAUGUCACAGUGAGCCUGUUUGUACCACAGAGGUUUAUGUAGGGAACCUCAUCCCUGGCACGGGAUAUCGGUUUCGUGUAGCUGCCAUUAAUCGUGCAGGUAUUGGAGAACCAAUACAGCUACUCCAGACUGUACACACUGAGGUAGCAGUGACAGAAGAAGUGGCCAGCAUUGCUUCUGAAGUAACUAAAAAGGCAGAGACCUCUAAAAGCACUGAAGAGGUGCAAGCAUUAGUGACCAAAGAAGUGGCCAGCAUUGCUUCUGAAGUCACUGAAAAGGCAGAGACCUCCAAGAGCACAGAAGUGUUGCAAGCAUCCGUAACCAAAGAAGAGGCCAGCAUUGCCUCUGAAGUCACUAAAAAGGAGAACUUAAAGAGCACAGAAGUCCUUUUAGAGGUGCAAGCAUCAAUGACCAAAGAAAUGACCAGCAUUGCUUCUGAAGUCACUAAAACGGCAGAGACCUCCAAGAGCACAGAAGAGGUGCAAGCAUCAGUGACCAAAGAAGUGGCCAGUAUUACUUCUGAAGUCACUAGAAAGACUGAGACCUCUAAAGAAGAGGUGCAAGCAUCAGUGACCAAAGAAAUGAUCAGCAUUGCUUCUGAAGUCACUAAAAAGGCAGAGACCUCUAAAAGCACAGAAGCUCUUUUAGAGGUGCAAGCAAUGACCAAAGAAAUUAUCAGCAUUGCUUCUGAAGUCACUAAAACGGCAGAGACCUCCAAGAGUACAGAAGAGGUGCAAGCAUCAGUGACCAAAGAAGUGGCCAGCAUUGCUUCUGAAGUCACUAAAAAGGCAGAGACCUCCAAGAGCACAGAAGAAGUGCAAGCACCAGUGACAGAAGAAGUGGUUCUGAAGAACAUUGCUGAAGUCACUAAAAAGGCAGAGACCUCCAAGAUCACAGAAGAGUUGCAAGCACCAGUGACCGAAGAAGUGGUUCUGAAGAACAUUGCUGAAGUCACUAAAAAGGCUGAGACCUCCAAGAGCACAGAAGAGGUGCAAGCAUCAGUGACCAAAGAAAUGACCAGCAUUGUUUCUGAAGUCACUGAAGAGACCACUAGGAGCACAGAAGAGGUGCAAGCAUCAGUGACCAAAGAGGUGGCCAGCAUUGCUUCUGAAGUCACUAAAAAGGCAGAGACUUCCAAGAGCACAGAAGAGAUGAAAAUGUCUGGGACAGAAGAAAUUACCUGCAUCGUACCUGACGUCACCUCUAAAAGCACAGAAGGAGAUGUCAAAGACGUUUUACAAGCUGAAUUGGGAGAAGGCAGCCAACCAAGUCUGCCUCCCGAAGCUGCCAAUGAUGGUGAUCUGCAUGCUCUCUGGGACGAGGUUGCUAAAAAAAGGCGCAUGAGUCGUGAGCCAACUCUAGAUUCCAUCCUUGAGGAAGAUGGUAAAGACAAACAAAAAGAGGACAUUGACACCAGAUAUGACAAAAAACCUUCAGAACUGAAUAUAGUCCCCGAGGCCACUAACCAAACCAGUGGUGCUAAUGAUAUUAUAGGUGUUGCAACCUCCAAUGAGGCCUGCUCACAAGAGACCAGCAUAUCCAUGACACCUCAACACCCUGACAGUGUAUCCAUGGAGAAGACCUAUGAGGACAUUCAAAUAGCAGAGCAGCAUAUAACAGACCAGAUAACUGAUCUCAACACCUGCAAAAUAAAAGACCAGGAGCAACUUGAGCCUGCAAUAAAAAUACACACAGAACACAAGCCUCAGGAGGACUUAAAGCCAGUUUUCACAGAGGCGUUCACGGACCUGACCAAAGAGCCCAACAGUACUAUCCGUUUAGAGUGUGUUGCCAGCAAUAAACCAGACCAAGUACAGUGGCUAAAGGACAAUGACCCACUUGUUGAUGACAAACACCACCACAUUGACAAUUGUAAUGAUGGCACCUGUACUCUGGUUAUUACCGAUACCUCAACAAAAGACACAGGUAUAUAUACCUGUGAGGUCACAAACAAGUUUGGGGUGGCCACACACAGUGGCAAAGUCACAGUGGGUUCUCUACAAGAGUCAUCGGGGAGUCGACCACUGCCACAUGCCCAUAGUGCUGAUAGCGAACCAGAGAGCUCUUCAGAAAGUGAGAUGGAUGAAUCACUCAGGCAAGCAAGUAGGCGCCUCAGACGACUCCUGUGCUCAAGACUACAACCAGAUGUUGAAGAGUCAUUUGUGAGUGCGGAUGAGGGUGAGCUGCCACCACCUGACCCUCACACUUACCACGAGGAUGACCAGUAUAUCUACAUUCGCUUUGAUACCCAAGCAGAUGCGGAGUUGGCAUCAAAACGUUUCCAGAAUAUUUUCACAGAACAAAGUGUUCCAAUUGAAACAUCCAUCUUGGAGGCAAAACCACCAAACAAGGUAGAGCUACGCGUCAUGAAGAUGGGCUACAUUCAAGAUGGAUGUCAAACUUUGACCCCAGAACAGCAAGUACCUGCAUUUACUACAGGAGCUCCUGCGGCACCAGUGUUCCUGACAAAGCUACACAGUCAGGAUGUUCCAGAUGGUUACCCUGUAAGUUUCGACUGCGUAGUGACUGGUAAGCCUCCACCCAUCAUUCGCUGGUUCAAGGAUGGGAAGCUACUGGAGGAAAAUGAUCAUGUUAUGAUUAAUGAGGACCAAGAAGGCCGUCACCAGCUGAUCAUUACUGCAGCAUUGCCUUCUGACAUGGGCGUAUACCGCUGCAUGGCAGAGAAUGACAGUGGCAUGGCUUCCACAAAGGCUGAACUGAGGGUGGAGCUGUCCUGUAGCUCUGACUAUGACACAGCUGAUGCCACAGAAACUUCCUCUUAUGUCAGUGCAAAGGGUUCUGUUUCACGGGAAACGGAGACGGAAACAGCAUUUGAAUCAGUGGCUGAAGAAGAGCAACUUCCACAAGUUCUGGAUGAGUUACAUGAUGUCGUCGUCAGCCCUGGAGCUCCUAUCGUGAAAUUGGAGGUCAAGGUUAAAGGCUACCCAAGACCAAGGGUUUACUGGUUUAAAGAUGGAUGUCCACUGGGGGCCUCUAACAGAAUUCUUCUAUCAACCGAAAAAGAUGUACACAGUCUGGAAGUUCUCGAGGUGGUACGAGAAGACAUGGGGGAAUAUUCUGCCUACAUCAGCAACUCAGCAGGCUCUGCCUACUCCUCAGCCAGGAUGAUUGUUAUGGCACCUGGGGAAUGCAUACCAGAUGGAGGACCCAAAGAGUCAGAAAAGCCACUACUGCCACCACGAUUCUUGGAGAAGUUUGGCAACAGGAGUGUCAAGCAUGGUGCAAGUAUCACACUCUCUGUUAAAGUUGAAGGCACACCAAACCCCAUGGUCUCUUGGCUAAAAGAGGAGUCAGCAGAAGAUGUACUAUGGUUAAAGCCAGAAACUGAGGGUUACAAGAUGGCCAGCUCGGGAUCGCAGCACAGCCUUAUCCUAAUGGAUGUUGGAAAAAAACACCAGGGAACUUACUCCUGUAUUGCCACCAAUAGGGCUGGUCAGUCUCUUUGUUCUGCCCAUCUUGAGGUGGGGAAAGAGCCACAGGGGAAGAGUACGAUGGCAACAGAGGUACUUGGCAUAACUAUAAGUCCACCAGAAGAGGAAACACUUAAAGCUGAGGAGAGUAAACAUGCUUACCUUGGUGGAGUGGCCACAGAGGAAUUCCUCCAGAAACUCACGACACAAAUUACUGAAAUGGUAUCUGCCAAAUUUACUCAAGACAGCUUACCGAACCAUGAUGUGCUCCAGUGGAUGAAAUCUUGGCCGAAAGUAUCCACCUCACUGCGUGUCCCAGGAGCUGACAGUGACGAUGAGACAAAGACCCCCUCUCCUUCCCCCCAUCAUGGUCGGUCACGCCCAGCCUCACUUAUUAUGGACUCAUCCUCAGAGUCAGAUGAUGGAGAUGCUCGUGGAGAGAUGUUUGAUAUCUAUGUAGCCACUGCGGACUACAAUCCAACAACUCUGGGUAAAGAAGCAAUAGCACUGAAGGAAGGCCAAUAUGUUGAGGUGUUAGACUCUGCUCAUCCUUUGAAAUGGCUGGUGCGCACCAAACCAACAAAGUCUACACCAUCUCGGCAGGGUUGGGUUUCACCUGCUUAUUUAGAUAAGAGGCUUAAGAAUCCUACAGAUACAGGAGAUCUGGCUGAAUGCACAGAGGAAGAGGUAACAGAGGGCGAAUACAAGAGGAAGGUCUGUCAACUUAUCCAAGAAAUGAUUAACACUGAAGCAGAAUAUGUGAAAGAUAUGGAUGUCAUCUCAGCCAACCACCUGAAGAAAAUGGAAUGUGGUGAUGUCCCACCUGAUGUUUCAAACCAAAAAGAAACUAUAUUUAGAAACAUUGAUGACCUCUCAGCCUUUCAUUCCAGCGCCGUCCUUCCUGGCUUUUCUGAGUGUGACACAGAUGAUGAUGUAGCCAUGCACCUUUUAAGAAAUACUGAAGGGUUUGAAAAAUACAUGCAAUACUUGGUAGGUCAGUCUCAAGCAGAAGCUGCCCUUACUGAGAAGACUACACACCAGUACUUCAAAAAAUACACUGACAGCGAGCUUGCCCACAAUGAUCCAGCCAAAGGUCCUGUUUUGAGUGUAAAUGCAUAUAUUCAGAGACCAGUGGAGAGAAUUCAAAAAUACAAAGCUUUAUUAAAGGAGAUGAUCAGGAACAAAGCAAGAAAUGGACAAAACUGCUGCCUCCUGGAAGAGGCUUAUGCCAUGGUUUCUUCUUUGCCUCAGCGUUCUGAAAACACUCAUCAUGUCUCUCUAAUUGAAAAUUAUCCUGCUACCUUGGAAGCACUUGGGGAGCCAAUUCGUCAGGGGCCAUUUACUGUGUGGGAAGGUGCCCCAGGAGUAAGGACAUCAUCCAGAGGCCACCACCGUCAUGUCUUCCUAUUCAAAAACUAUGUCAUUAUAUGCAAACAAAAGCGAGACACAAACACAGACUCCCCAUCUUACGUCUUUAAGAACAUGAUGAAGUUAAACAACAUUGAUGUAAAUGAGACAGUAGAAGGUGAUGAAAGAGCCUUUGAGAUUUGGCAUGAGCGAGAGGACUCUGUGCGGAAGUACACACUUCAGGCACGCACGGUUAUCAUUAAAAACUCUUGGCUACGAGAACUUCGUGACUUGCAACAGCGAUAUACGUUGCCAGCUUGGUGUCCACCAGAUUUUGUCGAAAUCUUGGCAGAUUGUACAGCAGAGCUCGGACAAACAGUGAAAUUGGCUUGCAAAGUCAGAGGAAUUCCAAAGCCCGUAGUCAUGUGGUAUAAAGAUGGCCGUUCAGUAGAAGCAGACCCUCAUCAUAUUAUCAUCGAGGAUCCAGAUGGCUCAUGCACUUUGAUUCUUGACAACAUGACAGCAGAUGACUCGGGCCAGUAUAUGUGUUUUGCUACCAGCUCUGCAGGCAAUGCCAGCACUUUGGGAAAGAUCACAGUACAGGUUCCACCACGCUUUGUGACAAAGAUUCGGAAUGCUGCACUAAUAGCUGGUGAGGAUUCUCAGUUCACAUGCACAGUUCAAAGUGCGCCAAAUCCUAAAAUCAGAUGGUUCAAAGAUGGGAGGAUCUUGACUGAUCAAGAAAAGUACCAGACAUACAGUGAGACUCGCAGUGGUGUUGUUGUGCUAAUUAUUAAGAACCCUAGUGAGAGGGACCUGGGACACUAUGAAUGCGAGCUGUCAAAUCGUCUUGGCAGCACCAGAUGUGGCGCUGACUUAUGCCAUCCAGUUGUAGCCAUGGCUGGUGACCGCAGAGCAGAGCAAGCCAUUACAAUUGAAGUGACAGAACAAGAGACCAAAGCACCAAAGAAAACUAUUAUCAUAGAGGAGACCAUCACCACUGUGGUUAAAAAUACUAGAUUGAAGCGCCACAUGUCUCCACGUGGCUCUGCUAUGGGAAUGUACCACUCUGAAACCUCCACACCUGAACCGGCAAGACAGAGACGUCUAUUGCCCCGAAAAGCUGUUCCAACACUCUACGUAACAGAACCAGAUAGUGCCGCUGGGAAGAACCCGAAAUGGGUGGAGGUGGAGGAAAUUAUUGAAUAUAAGGUUAAUAAGUCCCCACAGCUGCCACGGAGACGAGUGGCAUCUCCUGCCCGAUCCGAGAGAGAACAUGUUCUUUCCCGACCAAAGAGGUCAUCACUUUUUAACCCAAAUGCAAACAACAACAACAAUAACCUUACAGAAGUUCAAGCUUCAAGUGCAGAAGAUUUGCCACACACCUAUCUAAAUGGAGUGAUGAAGUCCUAGCUGCAAAUAUGACAAGGAUAGAUGGAAAAAACAAAUGAACAUUAUUCAUCUGUAGAAGAGGUUCAUCAUCUGGUAGAGGGCAACAUUCAUCACGCUCUUGGUCAGUCCUGAGCCUUGAAAAAAAAACAAAAAAAAAACUAAAAAACUGAUGCAGUGGCAUAAAAUAAAGUUGAAUCUGCCUUUAUGGUAAAAUCAGAGGCCAACAUUGACAGAUUUUCAGAUAUGCCACCCAUGUGACCAUAUGGUGUGACUAUCAUGGAUAUUGAGAACAUCAUACAAUGUGUAAUAGUACACAGGUCCCAAGAGGAAUUGCCCAAACCAAGAAGUAGUGGUAGUGCCUACAGUUGCAACAUAGUAGAACCAUGCCAGUCAAGUGGAGAUGUAUGUCAAACAUCUUCAUUGCGCAGAAAUAGAAAAAUAAUAUUCAUUACCACAUAGGCUUGCAUAUCACAAAUACUAUGGAGUAAUUAGUGGAAUAAAUGCAUUGUAGAUUUUAGGAUAACAAAGAGAAGCGAAUCAUUGAAUUGAAUUGUUGCAGCUAAUAUAGUCAGUGCAGUAUCUGCCACACAGGAGUCAGUUCAGUUCAGUUUUGUUUUGUAUUAUAUGAUCAAAUUAAUAAAUGAGGACCCAGAGUAGCCCAUGUAGUCUUAACAGGGAACACUGCUGUAAAAUAUACUUCAAACCAUAACUUUUGACUUUACUUUUUCUCCAAAAGGCAAAUCAUUCCAUUUGGUGUAUUAGAGCAUGGGUAAAUCGAAUUAUCUUUCUCCAUUUUAAUUUAACGUUCAUGCUCUACAGGUCUAUUUCAACAACACACUGUCUAUGUUGUAUGUUUGAGUGGGUAUUGAACGACUUUUUUCUUACAAUUUACUGUAUAGUAAUCCAAGCCUUGCAAAGUCAAGUCCUAUGAAAAACUACUGGAAAACAUAUAUGUGUGAGCCUACCUACAUGUUGCCACAUAUACCACAGGUUGGGACACUUAACACAUUAAAAUCCUAAGGAAGUUCAUGAACAUUUUUCAAACAUGUUAAACAUUUUAACAUUUCUGUGCACCAGUUCUGAACAGAAUGUAUUGAGCAGGGUCACUUAAUAUUUCAGCAUUUCAGAGCCACUAUUCCAAUGGAAAGUAUAUAAGUUUGUGCCUACAAUUUUACAUUGUGCUUAUGGAGAAGCAAUAUUUGACAAUAUGGACAUUGACAGUUAUUUUCUUUUUACAUAGGUGGCUUACUAAAUACGUAUUUUAAUUUAAUUUGAUAAAAAACAUGGUCUUUGACAUGGUUUGCCAAGCCAGAUCUGUAUGAAGAACCACACUGAGGAAUGUUAUCAUACUCUGCAUGGCAUGGUCCUAAUUGUGUUGUUCAAUGUAAAACUAGAUAUAGAGAAAUUGGGUUUAAUUCAUUUUGUGUAAUAGGCGGUACUGGACUUCGAAACAUGAUUAUAUUUUCGUUGAUAUUUCAAUUACUGUAGACAAUUAUAAAUAUUAAAGGUUGAUAUUCUUUACAUUACAUUAUUUACAUUAUAGAUAAACACAUGCAUUAACAAAAUCUAUUUUUCUGUUCUAAAUCACUGUUUUGUGUUCCAAUGCUUCUUUUAUUUUAUUUUAGUUAGCAAUAGGUAUCAUAAAAUAAAAUGUUUAAUCAAAUGUGUGUCUACACAGAUUAUAUUGACUAUAUUGUAGAUUUGCUUGUGUUGAAGUGUUAAUUAAUAAAUAUUUUGCAGAGUGUUAAA